GCGACGCAGCGCGUGCUACGUACGACAUGUCGGACGAGACAGAGGCAGAGGCAGAGUGUGGCGCGUCGAACAUACAUGGCCACAAUGCGCACGCUGUCGGACGAACAGACCCGGCUGCCCCGUGUCGUCAAUCUGUCGUUCUGGUCGUCACUGGUGCCGCGGUUCCUGCGCAGAGCGACGACAGAGGAGGAGGCGGCGGCUCGGGCAAAGCGAAGAAACAUUGGUGCAGAGGAGAAGCGGACGGGCCUAAUCUUCCUACUGCUGGGCAUCUUGGUCGGGUCGAAUGCUAUCAACAUCAUCGGCGUGAAGCGUGAGAUGCUCAACUUCACACGGCAGACCGAUGCGAAGCUGGAGUUGCUGCGAGAGAUCGUGGAGCGCGUCAAGAGAGGCGAGGAUAUAGAUGUCAAAAAGGCACUGGGCACAGGUGACGUAGAGCAGGAGCGGGAAUGGGAGCAAGUCAUUCAGGAGCUGGAGCGGACCGACAUGCUCUUGGAGGGUCGGAAGAAGCGCGAUGCCAAGCGGGCAGAGAAGGCUGAACAGGCACGGCUGAGAGACGAGGAGAGGGAACGCAGCAAGCAAGACGUCAAGACGACCACGGACGAGCCUCCCGCUUCGAGACCAAAGUUCCUGAUGUGAUCUCGCUACCUCCUACCAUGUGCUUGUUAGAAGCUCAUCUACAGGUUUGCCCAUCGAGUGACAAGGCAGAGUCGCUCGCACUCCCUUCCUUGCAUCAGCCACCAAGUGAUGUUGGUGGACAGUAAAGGGACAUGAUUGCGGACGGGUACGAUGGACUCAUUCAUGUUUGGCAUUUUCAUGGAUACCUCCCUCUCAAUAGACCUGCGCAUCUUCGGACUUACCCUGGGACUGGUAUGGACUCGCAGCGGGAACUUGCUCGCACACCUGCAGCUGGAACUUACUAGGCAGAGGCUCGGUGGUCACCAUCAAUCUGUCGCGGGCCGUGAGAUCAUACUCAGUCAGCUGUGCGCGCGAAAUUUUGGCUGACCGGUCUUUCGUAUGGCAACGCAAGACUACCGUUCUGCUCGUGUCAUUAGGAGCGCUGCGUCCAGUGUCCAGCACCAGGGACAGCUCAGGAGGUACUCCAUUUCGGUCUCAUGCUUUAGCGACGGGAUUCAUGCCUCCAUACGAGUCCAGACGCCCGCAGUUCUGACGAUGUUCUUUGCGCUCUCUUGAAUAUGGAGCUCUCAAUGAACCACAAAUCAAGCAAGGCAAAAAUCAUCCGGGAAUCGUACUGCAAGCGCCCCGAUUGAGGUGAGUUCUGCACGGGUAUCCUGCACGCUAGAAAACUGCAAACUCGCACUUGCUGCACAGUGCACAGAACAUAUGCAACGACCUUUGUUGAUCUACGGAACAACCAUGAGGAUGGGCAUGAGUUCAGUUUGGUGGAACCUGACAUUACUCAAUGUAGCGAGACUUCGUCACCAUCAGUUUCCCCAUGAUUCCGUCUCGCGUCGACUCUAGAGAUAAGCGGCGAAGUCGAACGCCUCAACCCCAGUGCCAUUUCACGC